AUGGAGUGGGCAAAGCAGACGUACAACGAGCAAUAUGAGGUCUGGAUGCCCUGGAUCGAGGACAAAUUCCUUAAGUAUUUUACCAAGGAUAACAAAGCUAGCUGCGCGACUAAAGGCAAACUCGGGCUAACCAAGGCGUAUCUUACAAUAGAACAACUAGACAAGGCCAAAGUUACCCAUAUCGAGCAGGUCGAUACGCUACAGGAUGGUGUAAACGGCGCAGUCGCUGGACAAGUAGGCCAAGGCGGAUUGCUACAGCCAGUCGGUGAUCUAGUAUCAAAAGAGGGCUUCAACCGCGCCGAGCGAGGCGGAAAAGACGAGCAGGGAGGAAUCCUACCUUCUGCUAUUCCCGGAAUCCCCGGAAUCCCCGGCCUAACGAAAUAA